UUCGAGAGAGCGCUGCAGCGCGCGCUGUUUUCGGUUCCUCCUAAAAAAUAAAUAUUAAAAACAUCGAUAUAAAAAAAAUAAAACCUGCGGCAAUUGAAGGAAUUUUUCGAGGAACCGGUACGAAAAUUUAAAAAGUGCUAAAGUGUUAGUUUACCCCGAAAAACACAAGACUUAAAUUAAUAUUUAAUUAAUUAAAAACACGUUAUUUUUUAUAUUUUGUUAAAAUUAUAUCGAUUUUAUUCGCAUUCGAACAGUUAAAACUUGUUGUUUUCCGCAAGUGGGCGCGUUUUCAGUCGCUUUUCAUUUUCGCUUUUCCUGCGCGAGGAACGGGUUUUCCACCGAAGCCUUAUGUUGUUUCUUUUUUCUGGCUGAAAAACUAAAUUAAAACGAGAGGCUCUUGCGGCAAAUUAAUCGAUGUGCGGUGGAUACUUUUAAUUUGCAGAUUCAACAUCGAUUUUUCCUUUGAGCGCUCAGCUGCAAUGUGACAGUGUGUUGGUGUAUCUGUGUGUGUGUGCGAGUCCUGGCAAUACAAAUAAACCGUUGGGUUAGGUAAACGGAACAACAAAAGGAUACAAACAAGAAAAAGAGAGAGAGAGGGAAAAGGAGAACCUUCGACAGGAACUCGUCCUUCAAGUGAUCACUCAUUCAUGCUCUCCUUUUCUCCAGUUCCUGCAGCUGUCAUUGAAAUUCGCGCGUGUGUGUGUGUGGGAGAGAGAGAACUCCGGGGUGAUAAUUCCACAUUUAUUCCCAUCUCUCCAUCCUUCCCUCCGCUGUACGCGUGUGUGUUUGUGCAUUCAAUUUGCACAAAAUUUAAGCGCUAAAUUCGCAAAUUUCCGUCCGCGACUCGCUGCCAUCCAUUUUCUGCACUCCCCCCCCAAGAGAGCGAGGGCAUUAAUAGAAUUAUCAGGCAGCGGGGAACUAGCAAAAUCGAAAAGAGAAUGCCCUGGGAGGCCGUAGCGCCGCGACCCUCUGACAUUUCCAUCGUCGCCCACUGAAGAAGGAACAGCCGCAGAAACAACAACCUCAACAACAAUUCGACAAACAAACAAACAAAACAAAGAAAAAACAUAAAAACAGCGAACGAAUCAACGAACCAAACUCCAGCAGCCUCAAUCGCUGGCACAGUUUUACUCCUUCAACUCCAACUUCGUGGAGCUCGGCCAUGUCCGCCACUCUCUUCGAGAUGGCAUCGCAACCGGAGGAACAGCAGCAGCAGCAGGAGCAGAUGAUCUGCCUGGAGGAACAGCAGCUGGUGGUGGGCAUGACCAGCUCGGAGCUGAGUGAGUCGGGAGUGGCGCCCAGCAACUGCGAUGGCAGUGACAGUGGUCUUGACGUGGCCAGCAGUUGCUGCCUCUCGCGAGUUACCCUGCAACGUGGUCUCAGCAGCACCAGCGGUGGCUACACCAGCAGCAAUGGCCUGGAGGAUAUCUAUGAUAGUUGUGAGCUGAAGGUAACCACCACCACCACCACGGUGAUCCAAACCCCCAGUGAGGCGGGCAGCGAAAAGACAUCGCCGCCGCGAAGAACAAAUGGCUCCGUAAAAAAGAAGGUGGCCAUGUUCGAGCCCGAGCAGGCGGCAAACACUCCGGCCAAGGAUCAAUUACGAGGACGAGUGGCUAAUCUCAAGAGAGCGGAGAGCUUGCCACGGAAUAGUGCGGCGCCGGGGUCACCUGCCACACCUGCUAACAACAACAAAUCCCGUCUGUCCUCCGCGUCCUUCCGCGUGCCCAGUUCCACGGCCACGCCGACCUCCGCUCGCCUGGCACGCCCCCAGAAACCGGAUACCCUGCCCAAUGCCCUAAAUCGAGCGCAGUCUGUCCAGCGGCUAGCCCAGGUGCAGAGGACACCCUCGUUGAGCCGGGCCCGUACACCGGGCACUCCCUCCGACGAUGGUCGUUGGCCGGCAAAUCGGGGUGCAGCACGUCGUGGAAUGUCAGUGACCCCGGAAGUCACCGCGAACCGGAUGCGAGGCAGUCCAGCGCCCGGCGGAACUCUGCCACGACGCAGGAAGCAGCAGUCCGUGGAGGAUCUCACAGCUGGUCGCCUGUCUAGAAGCAACUCCAUCAGUCGUGCGGCCGCUGUGGAUGCCCGCAUGACCUCGUCGGUGAUGGUGGUACCUACAAGUCGCAGGAGCUUGGCUCCCGCCACCGCCAAAGUGAACUCCUUGCGGAGGCCCCAGCCGGUGGCGCCCAGGACGCGAAUCUAUCAUGAGACUGCGGUACAAACGGCGUUGACCAGCGAAGAUUUGGAGAAGGUCCUGGGCGGUGGUCUCCUGCAGACACGCGCCCUGGAUGCAGUGGAGCAGCGAACUCAAAGCACUCAGGCGGAACCCGAUCAGAGAGACUCCGAGAUAGAGCAACUUCGUCAGGAGGUUCGCCAGCUGAGUGGCAAGCUCCAGCGGGAGCGGGAGGAGAAGCUGGCCAUGCAGCAGGAGCUGCAUCUGAACACGGAGCGGGUCAUGGGCAUGUUGGAGCUGGCCCGAGUGGUCAGUGCGAGUGCCGGAACACCCACAUCGGAUGACAGCGGCGAUGGCAGUGGCCAUGACAGUCUCCUGAUGCUGGAGUCGCAGAUCCAGAUGAGCGGCCACGAGCUGUUCGAGCGCCAGCAGGAAAUAGGCCAGCUGAGGGCCAUGUGUCGUGCCCUCCAGAUGGAGAUGCGCCGAUCCUUGGCUACCCAGCAAGUCCUCCUCCAGGAGAAGGCUGCCAUCGAACAGGAGUCCAGCGAGCUGCAGGAUUUCCUGCAGCAUGAGAAGGCAGCACAGUGCGAUGCUCUGCGGGAGCUGGAGGCGGAGUACCAGGCGGUCAAGUCGCAGCUGACCAAUCGGGAGGAGGAGACCAAGGUCCUGCGGGACGAGUGCCGGCAUCUGGUGAGGCUCAACGAGCAGCGCCGCCAAGAGAACCGUCUGUUGCAAACAAAGUACUCCGCCCUGGAAAACAAGUCCCGGGAGCUGAUCCAUCAGCAGAAUGCCUCAGUGGCAGGAGCCUCCACAGCUCUCUCGGGACUGCACUCGCGUCUGGACGGACUGGUGGAGCAGCUGGUCUAUUCCUACAGUAUUUCCGAGCAGGACUUGGAGGACAUUCGCUUCCAGGCGGAGUCGGAGCAGGUUCAGAACGGCCAAAGGCCUAAUGGCCUGGACCUGCCCAUUUGUCCCCCAGCUAAUGGCGAUGCCAUCCACACCCUCGUCCUGGCCAGUGAUGGUUCCCUGUCACCGCAGCGAAAUCAGUCCUUUAUUGCCGCCGUCAUUGGUGCCAUUCGCCAGGCCACUACUCACUCCGGCAAGCGACUCUCCCUCCGCCAGGCGGGUAAACGGAAUGGAGUGGGAGGAGGCUCUGCCCAGGCCACGAGCACAGCGGGAGCCACGGGUCAGGAGCCACAAGGCAAUGGGGACGACUCUGACUCCACGGAAAUGCUGGACUCGGAGACGGAACCCUGCCUUCUGAUGAUGGACAACGUGUUGGAGGAUGUCGUACACCCCGACUCCCAUUCCCACAACAUGGUUUCCUCCUGCACGGGGAUGAUCUCCCAAAUAGAGUUGCCCACGGAAUUGAUUAGCCAGUGCAGCCAUCACAAUAAUAUCAAUGGAUGUGGAGGCGAUGAUUCCCUGCAGCAGCUGUCCCAGGCCAUCACCAAUCGCCAGCAAAUGGAGCUGCACAUGCAUAAGAUGAGUGCCAUGCCCAUGAAUCCCCGCGAUCAGUGCAACACGGAGGAGCUGAGCUGCCACGAUUCGCUGGCGGAGCUGACGGAACUGCCCUCUCUGAUGGAGUACAGCACUGCCCAGGCAGUCGUAGAUCAGGUGAUCGAAGUGGACACCUUGGUGACCAAAUUGCUCAAGGUCCUGAGACUGGUACAGCUGGACAACGACAACUGCAUACAGCAACUGAUCGUUGACAAGAACAAGCUGCAGCAGCACAAGGAGGACAUGCUGGAGAAACUAAAAGACUUGGAGGACGUCAAUCUGAAGCUGCAGGACGAACUCAUGGACGCCACCCAGGAGCUGAUGAUCAAGGGCAGCGAUCUGAGCGGCGCCAAGGCCGAGAUGCAGCGCCAUCGCAACGAGAUCGACCGCUUGAACGAGGACAUCUGCACCCUGAGCACGCUGUGCAGCAGCUACAAGAAGCUGUCGCCCACCACGGAGUUUCCGCCCAUGAGGCUGCUCUCGCCGAAUCAGGACUCCGAGCAGGGCGACACUUUGGGCAUACUCAAUCUGCUCAAGAUGUGGCAGGCGGGCGGCCAGUUGCAGGACCCAAGGGUCAGCGGAUAUCUUCAGAAUGUCAAUGGUAGUCAGGUACAAAAUUCGCCUCAGGAUAACAACAAUGUGGAACGCCUUAGGAUCUAUGCCAAUCAACUGGAGCACGUUUCCCGCGUCCUGGACGAUGGCCUGCCCAUGGAGCUCCAUGCUCCGCUCCAGCAGCUGCGACAGGACAUCGAGGUGGUCCGCACCAACGCGAGUUGGACGCAGCUGCUCGAACAUAACGAAACGGAUCACAAUGCCAAUGGCGAUGUGUCCACGCCUUGAACUGUGUCAAAAAGGAAAGGGAAACUGUUGUUAAUUGUCCAGUUAACUACUUAUUAGGACUUGAGCGUUGUUUAAUUUUACGUAGUUAGUUACAAAUGUUUGCGUCCAAUUCGAUUCGGUAACGAGUGUGCCAUCGAUUGCAGCUCUAGAUGUUUUAACCACGUCCAAAGGAAGGCAUAUUUUAACGAGAUCAUUGCCGCAUUCCACACACAAACUAGACGACUUCCUUUGACCUCCGCACAGGUGAUCUAGGUAGAUCUAGAUCUAAUGCGAGUUUAGGUUAGAUUCGCUUUUAAAUUAUAUAGCAUACCCAGCAGCAUUUUUAUUUUCUCUGCUGCAUACUUUUCGUCUUGAGUUUAUUUUUUGCAGCCCUGUUCGAAAUUAGUGGGUUAAAAAAAGUAUUAUGAGAAAUCUUAUUAUUAAAUUUAUCCUAGACUUUAAAUUAAAAUUUGUUGAGAUAGCACCCUCUAAAGGAGUCCAUCAUGCCACAACACAAAGCAGAUUCAGUAGAAUUUUAGCUUUGUUCAAAGAUAACAUUGCUUAUGAGUAAACGGCAGAUAUUCCUCGGGAUAUCUAGCUUGCCUCAGACAGAAUUCCUUGCCGCAUUGCCAAAAUUAUGAUAAUUGCAGCCACAAUU